AACAGACCCAGAGAGGGAGGACUGGCUGCGGUGUGAGCUCCUGUCUGGACUUCCCCUGCAAACUGAGCUUUUUAAAUGUAGUCUUUGACGGACAGGGUUCCUGCUAGACCUCACAGAUGUGGAUUAUAUCUCCAGAGUACUCGGUCUAAACCCUCUGAAACGGAUUUAAAGCGGAGUAACCCGGAUGUUGUGCAGGGUUAGAGUAGAUUAAGGUCCUGGGUGUGUCCGUGGGGUGAAGAAAUCAGACUUUCUUUAAUGUAAACUUGGACUUUCUGUCUUUGAAGUGAAAGCAAAGACACCGCGGAGCUCCGAGGCAGCAUGCCGGGGAACAGUGGAGUGUACGCGGUGAAGAGGAGGAAGAAGCCCGUGCAGAAAGUCCCAAAGCCUCCUCCUGUGAAGACAAACCCGUCCAAGAGACACCGGGACCGCCUCAAUGUGGAGCUGGAGCGCCUCACCGGCAUGCUGCCGUUCUCCGAGGAGGUCAAAAACCGCCUGGACAAGCUGUCGGUGCUGCGGCUCAGCGUGGGAUACCUCAAAGCCAAGAGUUACUUCCACGCGGCGCUCCAGAAGAGAUCAGCUCCUCCUGUCGCUCCAAACGGCAGAAACGGCCAAUCACUGUCCCUGGAUGGAGUCGGCUUCUCAGAGGGAGAUCUCCUUCUCCAGGCUCUGAACGGCUUCGUGUUAGUCGUGACGACCGACGGCACGAUCUUCUACGCCUCGCCCACCAUCCAGGACUUCCUCGGCUUCCAUCAGUCGGAUGUGGUCCAUCAAAGUGUGGGUGACCUGGUUCACGUGGACGACAGAGAGAUGUUCAAGUGUCAGCUCCACUUCGCCCUCAACCCGGGACAGACUGACUCCAUCCAGAGAGCAGAAGACGGGCAGUCCAGCAGCUCAGUGGGUCUCCUGCCUCAGUACAUCCCUCCAGAGAACUCCUCCUUCCUGGAGAGAAGCUUCUGCUGUCGACUCCGCUGCCUCCUGGACAACACCUCUGGAUUCCUGGCGCUUAACUUCCACGGGCACCUGAAGUUCGUCUACCUUCAGGGAAUGGAGGCUGAUGGGACUGCUCCUCCUCCUCAGCUGGCUCUGUUUGCCAUCGCAACGCCCGUGCAGCCGCCGUCCGUCAUGGAGAUCCGCACCAAGACCCUCAUCUUCCAGAGCAAACACAGGAUGGACUUUGCUCCCAUGGGCAUUGACACCAGAGGGAAGCUGGUUUUAGGGUAUUCAGAGACCGAGCUGGUCACCACAGGCUCUGGGUAUCAGUUCAUCCACGCUGCUGACAUGAUGUACUGCGCCGACAAUCAUCUCAGGAUGAUCAAGACCGGAGACAGCGGCUUCACGUUCUUCAGGCUGCUGACGAAAACAGGACAGUGGUUGUGGGUUCAGGCCAAUGCAAGGGUUGUCUUCAAGGGAGGAAGGCCAGACUUCAUCAUCGCUCGUCAGAAAGCCCUCACAAACGAAGAAGGAGAGGAACACCUGCACCAGAGGAGACAGCAGCUCCCCUUCAACCUCGCCACCGGUGAAGGCGUCCUUUACGACACCUCCCUCGAUGCCUUCUCCAUGUCCGGUCCUCCUGAAUCCGGUGCACCAGGCACCACAGAGCCCACAGCAGAGAAACCUCUGGACCCCGCCUCCCUUCUAGGAUCCCUCCGCCGUCAGGACCACUCAGUUUACACCCAGCCGCAGAAUCCCAGUCCCCCGCUCCCCAUAUUUGACCAGAUAGAGGACUCUGAGUACGAGCAGCCGUCGUUUGAGCAGGCCUUCCUGGACAGCCAUGCUUUGCUGAGCGUGCCGGGACAGAUCCAGGCCUCCCAGAAGAGGUCCAUCACAGGGGACCUCACCUCGGAUGCCAUGAUCGACUCAUUGGAGCAGAUAUUGGGGGACAUUGGGGACGGAAUGAUACAGGGUCUUGAAGUUGAGGAGACAGAGCUGAGGGACUGGGAGAACACUCUUGUUGACGUGAACAACAAGAGGGAGGAGGCAUCCAUGGACAUCAACAGCAUCCUGGCCAACGACGUGUUCUCGUACGUGGAGGAGGCUCUGAGGAGAGAGGCUGCCGGGUUUGUGCAGAUCCCAGAUCAGAAAGCUCCGGUCUCUGUGAACACUUUAUCCAAUCAAGGACCGCUUCCUGGAUCUGUGUUUUCAAAUAAUGAGUUUGCAGAUCAGACUCUGUUGGGGGAUGUUCUCGUUGGUUGUUCUGGACCAAAAGGCGCGUUGCAAAUUGGGUCAAACAGGGCGGCGCCCACACAGUGUCGCAACAACCCCCAGGAACACACCUCUUCGCUGUGGCCGCCGAGCGGCGACAAUCAGCAAUGUGGCAACCCGAUGAUUUCAACACAAUCAUUCCACGCUGUCCAAUCCCAGCCUCAUGUGGCUCAAGAGUCCUGGCUUCCAUCCGUACAGAACAACAUCCACCAGUCCGGCUCGGGAGUCAUGGACCAGAGAGUACAAUACAGACUGAACCACGCAGGUCCACAGCAGACGUAUGUGGGGCAACCACUUCAGACCCCUUCAGCGUGGCAGCAGCAGCAGCUGCCUCCACAUUUUCCCCAUCACACACUGACACAUUCCUCGCACACACCCGGCAGCGUGAACUCAACGGCUCCGUCAUUCCACCCACAAACGCAGCGAUUAUCCGGCAGCUGCAUGUAUGAAAAAAGAGAAGGUCACAUACCGAACGCUGCUGCCCGACAGAACGGACCUCCUCUGGGACCUCCGAGAUCCAAGGGACCCACACACGGUGCAGGGACGACCGCAAACCCGUCCCAUCCUAAUGGGGGAGUCGGAGUCCUAAACCAGGGGAUGGUGCAGUCCAACACGUCCAUGAAUGCUUGUGCUGAAGUCGGCAACCUUGGUUUUGGACAUCGGCGGGAAGGCGACGCUGUGUUGGGACCGUCUCAGUCCGAGUACCCGAAUGGGAACGCGUCUCUGCAGUCGUCUUUCUUCUGCUGGAACGGCGAAGCUCAGAUCUCCAACGGCACCCUGAAUGGCGUGGAUGACUCGUUCGCCUUCCCCCCUCUCCCCUCUGGGAACAUCAACCUCUCCCAGAGCAGCGGGUCACAGCCGCCUCUACGCUGCCCUCAGAGACUCUGAUGGACUGACAGGUAUGAGAUUAUGAGGACUUUCCCUACAUGGAUACUUUAAGGAUGUUGUGUCUGCUGUGGCUCACCAAAGACUUCGGACCUUCUCAUUUCAAACUUCGUCUUCUUGUCGGACGAUUGAGCCUCGCCUCUUCAAAUAUUUAUCAGACUCUUCUAACCCAGUUAUCGUCUUUCUUUCUGCGUGUACGAGGCGGAAAGGAACCGAGCAUUUUGUGAAGAAUAAACGCUGGACCCAGCAGGACUCAAUGUGGAAUAUGGACGUGAUCUCUUGACUCUCUGGAUCCUACAACACGGAGGACUUCUCACACCAGUUUAACUCUUCUGACCCUUUCACAAUGUGAAUGUGGGAACCUGUAAAUAUCCACUUUAUGUCUCUGAGGAUGCAUCAUAGAGGAGAGGACUUUAAAUCAACUUACUGUCAGUAAACUUUGAUGUUUAUAUCCGGCUGCAGGGUGAAGCUAAAGUUUCAGAUCUGAUCCGGAGGGCUCCGACCUGCAGGAUCCAGUGGAAGUUAACUCACUGACUAGAAUAGAAACCUAUCAGAUGUGGUGGAAUUUGGACAUUCAACUCUCUGUGUUGUCUUUGAAACAGCUCCUGCUUCCUUUAAUGUUCCUGUUUAAAGACAUCAGAGAGGAAGAGAUCGGUCUGUGCACAGUUCUUUGUGUUUCUGUUAGACGCUCUGACGUGAUGCAGUUUGCUUUAAGAACAUUUUUGUCCCAUCAGCUGCAGACAAACUUUGCAUGAAGUCAGUGGACUCUCUGAUUAUCUCGUUUGAUAGGCAACCAGAAACUGUUUCAAAGAACAAUCAGACACUUGUUCUUGUUUACGACAAACUUUUAAAGUGUGUCUUUUAUUGAGACUCUGAUUCUGAUUAAUGGAACCAAAGAGGGAACUGGAGGCGCUCUUAUUCCCCAAAGAACCGCAGCACAACUCCAGCCUGGUUUAUACCUCUGUGCUGACUCUACAACGCCGUCGUACUUGAAACACUCCGCCUUAAAGGUGACAUAUCAUGCUUUUUUCAUCAACAUAUAUUGGUCUAAGAGGUCCCCAAAACAUGUCUUUAAAGUUUAUGCUCAAAAAAACACUUUGAAAUCAGAUUUUGGUCUGCCUGAAAAACCCUGUUCUUCAGUCCUCCUCAGAACAAUCUGUUUUCUCUCUGACCACGCCCCCUCAGGAAGUGGAUGUGCCUCGGCUGUCCAGCAAGUUGAUCUAAUGUUUACAUGUUGGCUGAAUAUACACGGCUGCUCAGAGAUCGCGUUACUUCAACCCUCUGAAUCUGAUCCAGAAUCUGAUCCUGACGGAGAGGCGCCUGCAGCAGGACCUUUCUGAACCAUUGGUCACAGAUUUAGUGUUUCUUGUUGUUUUAUUUAUCAGUAUGUCGACGUGUCUUGGUACACAGCUACAGCUACAGCUAUGAACAUGUAGCUAUGUGGCUAUGCUAAUUAGCGCUAGCACUUAUCCAUGACAAAUAAAAAUCAUCCACUAGAUCUUCAAAUCUGCAGACGUGGGGAGUAAAACCGACCUCUGCCAGAAAGGCAGCAGGACCUUUCUGAAGGAUUGGUCACAGAUUUAGUGUUUCUUCUUGUUUUAUUUGUCAGUAUGUCGACGUGUGUCUUGGUACACAGCUACGACAUGUAGCUAUGCUAACUAGCGCUAGCACUUAUCCAUGAUAAAUAAAAAUCAUCCACUAGAUCUUCAAAUCUGCAGACGUGGGGAGUAAAACCGACCUUUUGACCUUUUAUUAAGACAGCCUACAACUAGCAUGCCUCCCUCCUAAGCUCCUUGUUAGCACACAUGUGUGCAGGGAAUGAAAAACAGAGGAGGGGUUGAGUUGUAUUUUAUACAGUCUAUGGGCUGAACAAGCUCCGAGCUCUGACUCCGUGACAGACCGGAUAUUGUUGUUACGUAACAAAAACACUGAAAACUGAAACGGCUGGUUUCACACACAUUUACAGAAAGGUGGAGAAAUCAGAACAGGGGCAGAAUGGAUUAUUUUCAUUCUCGGGGGGUUUGUAGACAGGGACACAUAUUUCAGGUAGAGAACCAUUAAAAAGAACAUUUUGCAUGAUAUGUCACCUUUAACACUUGAUGGCAGUGUGAAUUCUAUGCAAGUCAGAUCGCCUGUUUCUAGACCCGCUAUGUUUCCUGCUUUUGUCCACGGUGAACUUUGACGACUCUGAGCGUGUUACAUUAAAUUGGAGAUUUAAAACAUUGCCGUUGAUCAAACAGAAGUUAAUACUAAGGAGAAAAGAGAGGACAUGUCACAGGAGAUGACAUGAGGUGACUUAAGACGCCAUCUUUUGAGAGGAGAACGUACCAGGAGAAGCUCGACCUGAUCAGCCGAACAUCACAAUUAAUCAGCAGUCCAAAGACAGAGGGAGACAACACACCCGGUCUUUUUCCAGGACCUGGUUUAGCAACAAGUCUUAUAUGUCUAUUUUAGACAUAUAAGAGUUAUAGCCCCCCCCCCCCCUGGAGAAAGCUCCACUAGCCGCCUCUGAUGUAAACGUAUUCUGCGUAGGAACAGACGUAGAAGUAUAAACCAGGCUCGGUCACUUCAGGAUGAUCUGUCAUUGAAAAAUAAAGAAGAAGAAAUCAUGUGAGGAAUGAUUUACAAGUGAUAGAAGAUGGAAUAAAGAGGGAAAACGCUUUAAUGCUUUCACUAAAUUUGCAAGUUCAGCGUCCAGACUUCUUCAGGAAAUACAGACACAUGCGGUGACACAGAACCACAAAGAUACUAAUAAAUACAUCUAUAAAUCAAAGCAUUUAACCUUUUUCCUACAGAUGAGUCUCUGAGUUUGUCCUGUCUUCUCUAUAGAUUUGCUCAAACCCUGACUUCAGGCAUUCAGAGGAUGUAAGUAAACAAUAAAAAUUGGAAGAACCAAGAACAUUUAAGUAUUAUUCAACAUUUUAUUUGGUCUUCUUUUGGCUGUUAUGAUGCUGUAACUCACUGUGGUUCACUAUUUGUCUAAACUCCAGCCUCCAGGUGUCGAAGAAGGUCCUCAAAGAGUCUUUAAAUUUGAGCCCUGACAGUUCAUAAAGCGCUCCUCUGUUUGUACUCCAUGUUAGAGAGAUGGCAGCUCCAGUUCUCAGUGUGAACACUAAACUGGGACUCUGAAUCAUACGUCUGUUUGUUUUCACUUCCAUGUCAGCUGUACCAAAGAAGAACUCCCUCCUCAAUCAUAUUCAGAACCGUGCACAUGUAUACUCUUAGUGCCUGCUGGAGACGGCCAUAUAACUGCGCCUGUGUAAUUAGAGGUAACAUUAUAGCUGCUUGUGUACCACAUAUAACCCUCCAGUUUAAUUUAUUCUGCCAUUAAAGAACUGUAACCGCUCA